GUAAAUGUGAAAGGGAUAACAUGUGAGCUACAGGUACGGACAAAGUUCAUUCGGACUUCGGAGGAGAAUAAACCGAAGACGAAGAGACACCUCCUCACAGCACAUCUAUGGCGGCAGUGGAUUCCGACGAUAUCACCGAGCCUCAGCCUCAGCCUCAGCCUCAGCCUCAAGAUGCUGACUCUGUUUCCAAUCCUUCUUCGGACUCACUUGUCCCCGCUGCUCCUGUCGUUUGCCUACUCCGUUUCGCCGGCGACUCCGCCGGUGGUGCUUUCAUGGGCUCCGUCUUUGGAUAUGGUGCUGGAUUGUUUAAAAAGAAAGGAUUUAAAGGAUCCUUUGUAGAAGCAGGGUCUUAUGCAAAGACAUUUGCAGUUUUGUCUGGAGUUCAUAGUUUGGUUGUUUGCAUCUUGAAAAGACUUCGAGGAAAGGAUGAUGUCAUUAAUGCGGGGGUAGCUGGAUGUUGCACGGGUCUUGCUCUAAGUUUUCCAGGUGCACCACAAGCUCUUCUGCAGAGCUGCCUCACUUUUGGGGCAUUUUCUUUUAUCAUAGAAGGGCUAAACAAGCAGCAACCCGCUCUUGCACUUCCUUUGUCCUGGAAAACCACUCUGCAACACAACUCACGUCCCCCCAUGGCACUCCCCCUUCAACUCCCUCUUCCAGGUGAAAUGAAAGAAGCCUUCUCCAUUUUCUACGAGUCUUUGAAAAAGCGCAACAAGGGAACUUAUCCCACAUCUCAAUAAGGAAUCAGGGUAUCAUGAUUUUCAAGCAUCAUGUAGAUAUAAUAUGCACCCAUCUUUGCUUUUAUUUAGGUUCUUGUAUCCUUUGUCUACAUUUCUUUUUGAGGAACUUGAGGGUGACUACGCAUUGUUGAAGGGCAUAGAUUGUUUACAUGUUACCGAGUUCCAAUAUGGCAUCUUGGUUCUAUCGUGCUCUUUCUUGGUGGUUUGUUGGAACUUCGGAGGCCUAUUGAAUGAUGAUUGAUUGAGCUUGAUUCAUGCACUUACUAUCUGAAACACAUUAGUAUGAAGUGGCAGCGAUUUCAGUUUGAAAGCCAAACCCUGCAU